GGGCCUUUUCGGCAGUCUGUCUCGCAGAACCGGCGAGUCGCUGUUUAAGAAGAUGCAGAAACGCUCAAAGCUGUUGCACUUUCACUGUAGCCAGUUAACGUUUGCACAUAUCCCUAUUUUUUUAUCAUGCCAGUUAAAUUAUUUAUUCCUUUAGCUGUUUAUUUCCUUAAGUGAUGAAUGCUGAGACUGGUUUCAGGUUGUGACUGAGCCAAGAUCUCUACAGUUGAAAGUUGGGCAACGUCUGUAACUUGGACUUAGAGGACACGGGGCAAUACCCCAUGCGUGUGCCGGUACCCUGCAGGGCGCUCUGCAAGGGCCUGUGUGUGCGGUUCCACACGGCCUCCCUGGCCGCCUCUAAGUGGCUGCCUUUCGCCUGUAAGUAGUCUCUCUGAUAAGACGCGGCAUGCGUGUCUGGUCUCAUCCCUUCUGCCUGUGGAUGUGGCCUCCAGGGCUGGGGAGCAGGAGGAAGCGUUGCGUUUCUUGCACAGCAGGCCCCUGCCUCUCCUGGAGAAAAGCGAGGACCAGAGGAAGCCUCCAGUGGAGCAUCAGCGGGACUGUGCUGUUUGUGCUUUAGAGCCACAGCCAGGCUCUACUCGGAUCCUCAGCAGGUUGCUACCUGAGAUAACUUUACGUUUUAGUGAAGUUGCAUUUCUAAUAGGCUGGCUUUGAAGCAUUCUGACAGAAAGUUCUACCGAUGCUUCGACUGAGACAGUAGAACGUUGUACACAUGGGUGUGUAGAAGAUGGAAGAACAGGUGCUUGGCUUGGGAGGAUAGAAUGCCCGUGUGCUGCAGUGACAGACACCUGCUUGGUCAACUUCUAGAGUGGCUGAAUCCUGCAGAGAUGCUAGGAUAUCAAACUGUAGCGCAUUUUUAAGGGUAGCUAAAAUUGUCAUUUAGUGUCUUUAUUCUGAGCGUGAUACAAUUUUAAAAUGCUAGUGUUUUGGGUUAAUCAAAUUUCUUAGACUCUUCAACUCAGAAACAGAGCCUAAGUCUACUGAUGAUCCUGCUUUCCAGCUUACUGGUGUCCUGGCUUCAAAAGUACACGCGCUAAUCUGUCUUUUCCUGCUCUUCUAGGUCCUUAAAAAUGGGGAACACAAGCAGCGAGCGAGCUGGACUGGAGCGCCAUGGGCACAAGGCAUCCCGAGGUGACAACUCAGGGGGAGCCAUCAGUACGAAAGAGGGUGAUAGACCAAAAAUUUUAAUGGACAGUCCUGAAGAUGCAGACUUGUUCCAUUCAGAGGAAAUGAAGGCUCCAUUGGAGAAAGAAGAAUUCCUGGCUUGGCAACAAGAUCUGGAAGUGAAUGAUAAAACUCCCACUCAAGCUCGACCAACAGUCUUUCGCUGGACCGGAGGAGGGAAAGAAGUUUAUUUAUCUGGGUCCUUCAACAACUGGAGCAAAAUUCCUCUGACAAGGAGUCACAAUAACUUUGUGGCAAUCCUGGACCUGCCAGAAGGCGAGCACCAAUACAAGUUCUUUGUGGAUGGGCAGUGGACACACGAUCCUUCAGAGCCAGUAGUAACCAGCCAGCUAGGUACCGUCAACAACAUCAUACAGGUGAAGAAAACUGACUUUGAAGUAUUCGAUGCUUUGAUGGUGGACUCCCAAAAAUGUUCAGACAUGUCUGAGUUGUCAAGUUCACCCCCAGGACCAUACCACCAGGAGCCCUACGUUUGUAAGGCAGAGGAGCGCUUUAAAUCACCACCUAUUCUUCCCCCCCACCUGUUGCAGGUCAUCCUGAAUAAGGACACAGGCAUUUCUUGCGAUCCUGCUCUACUCCCUGAACCCAACCACGUCAUGUUGAACCACCUCUACGCACUUUCUAUCAAGGAUGGAGUGAUGGUGCUCAGUGCUACACAUCGUUACAAGAAGAAAUAUGUGACUACUUUGCUGUACAAGCCAAUAUGAACGUCAUCAUAGUUUGUGACCAACUGUUCUGGGCUGGUGCAGUCUCAGAAAAAAAAUUCUUCUCUUAACCAAAUGUACUCCUGCUCUGUGCUGUAGCAAAUGAACUCUGAUUUCAUAUCAUUUCUGAGACUUCCAGGUUUUCCUACAUUUGCCUUAUUUUCCCAGUCCCACCUUGGAAGUUCUUGGAGAUGGCAGCUUCAUGGCAACUAGUCAGAUGGCAAAGGUGUUGGUGCCCAUUGUCAGCUCAGUUAAAAAAAUGCCAGUUUAAUUAGGCUGAAAAAUAGGGCAGCAACAGAUUAGAGAGAGCGGGGCAGGCUGUAAGAAGUAAACAAGCCAGCCCGAAGUCUGGAAAGUUCAGUGUUCUUGUGGGCUCUUACUCGACCUCAACACUCAGCAAAAGCAAGCACUGCUUUCAUAACUCAUCAGACACUCAAUUACUUCAGCAGCAAGUUCCAAACUUGCGUGGCUGAAAUAAGUGUGAAUAGUGAUGAUCUUGUAGCAGCCUUUCUAGGCAAGAACCAGCAACACAAUCAGUGACCAGCUCAUUUUUAUUCUACGGUAGACUGGGGCGCGUUGUUUUUACCGUGAAUAGCUCUGUAGUUUUUCUCUUCCUGAGAACUGAAACACAACUUCUCCCCUGUGGAAUUUCUGGUGAGGACAAUUGUUUUUAAUGGCUGGAUUUUUCUGUAACUGUGUCUUGCAGUAAUCUGCUUUGUGAAACCAAUUUCUCUUGCUGUCACUGAUAAGGACUUCCUUAAGCUGGGAUACCCUUAAGUAAGGCAAUCGAUGUAUUCAGUUUAGGGAUUAGUUCUCCAGUAACAGGCUGAAGGUGGCUGUAAGUCACCUCUGUUGCAGUUGCCAAACUUGCCCCUUGGUGUAAGCAGUCGCAGCGUGCUGGGUGCAGCAGCGCUGUGCCCGUCGGUGCCCAGGGCUGGAGCUGGGCCUCCGCUCCAGGUUGCGGCAGUGACCAUGGCUAUAAAACCCCUGGUGCUUCCGCAGCCAGGGCGGUGGGAUCUCUGCAACUUUUUAUUCUGUUUAUAUUUUCUAAAUGAUUGUUGUAACACCAGGUUGCCUGUACUUGGUACUCACAGCCUGUUUUAUCCCAAAACAAAUGCAACAUUAAUGCAAAACUGCCUGCCAGAGUGCCUCAGGCCUGCCCUGGAGGAACCAGCUCAGGAGGUGACCGGCUGCGUCCUUCCACUGUUUGCUGGUGCCUGCGAGUGCCAGUGAGUGUGCCAACGAUAACCAGCCCCCGCCCCACUGUGGGGAGGAGCACACUGCACAAAUCGGUGAGGAGUUUGAGUGGAGACAAAAGCUGGAGCAGCCAGCGUUCAGUGGAAGCAGCCACGGUGGAAGGGUGGUUUGCCACCCUCGGAUCUGCUCUCUGGCCUUGUUGCAACAUCUCGAGUCGUUCAGCAGAUCUGGGUACAGUGCAAUGGUUUUCUCUGAAAACUCUUUCUUCGUUCUGUGCUAUGGAUAGUACUUGGUAUUCUGAAAUAGGGAUUUGCUUUUGU